CAGGCAAAGGUAAACAGGGGGGGGUCAAGUGCAAAGGUCUCACUGAGCGUGUGCAGCAGUGGGAGUGAACCAACAGACGACCUUUAACCCCAAAGAGAGAGUGAGCGUGAGGACGUGAUGAGAAACGACGUUGAGGAAACGUUAGCUGAGCUAAAGGCAAAGUGUGUGUUUGUGUGUGUUCUUUAACACACUGUGUGAAUGUGGGGUGCAGUUACCAUGGUUACCCUCACACGGAUGACGCUGCUUCGCCUCCUGCUGCUAGCGGCCAUGUUGGCUCUGCUCCUCUUCAUCAGCUCCUUGUGGCUCCCUCAGACUGGACUCACAGACUGUGGCGACUCCUGGCAGCCAUGUUUCACUUUUUUCCGGCAAAAGCCUGAGCCACCAUUAUUCCCAGAGGAGGCGGAGCCUCCCGAAGCCACGCCCCUCACACAGGAGUGUCCUGGCCAAUCGUUUCAGGCCUGGCGUCUGCUGGCCUAUUUAAAGUCCAGCAUGGCGAACGCCGAUGAUGUCAUGCUGGAGCCGUACCUACAGAGCUGGGAUCAGCUCCUCAACUUCAUGGAGUCUCUCGGGACGAUGGUCAGUUUCUUCUCUGACAAAGUGAAGGAGAAGGUCAAUCUUAUUCGAGAGCUGUCACUCAAACGCGACCUGGAGCAUCAUGGGAAACGUGGUCCGGGAGACAAAUCUGGACCACAAAGUGAGGCGCUUCAUUCCAUUCGAUGGCUGGUGGAGGCGGAGCUAAAAGAAGGCGUGGUCGACUUCUCGAAGCGUACGGAAUCAGGCUGCCGAACUCUGCUGCGCCUUCAUCGCUCUCUGCUGUGGUUGAAGCUCAUGUUGGAGGGUUUGGCUGAAGGACCGGACAGCGAUGGACAAUACAGAACACCUGGAGAGCUGAGCAGGGCGGCCUACAUGGUGGCGCUGGCGCCGCACCACCCCUGGUUCCUCCGUCAGGCUGCAGAGUUCGUCUUCCUCGCCCUCCCGGACCGGACCUUCUUCCUGCGGCUGGUUUGUGCACGCAGCCAGCGGGAGGCCACGCCCCUUCUGCACGCCGUCAUCCGCGCCCUGGAGCGCGUGCACUCACGAACGCAGCGAAUCCUGUCUGAACGCGGCAUGCUGGAGCUUCCCUGAACGCAGCAUGCUGGAGGUUCCCUGAACGCAGCACGGAGACCUUUCACCCCUGUGUCAGGGCCACAUGAAACAUGAUUAUUAUUCUGUGUCGUUUUGGUUCUUAGAUGAGUAAAAUUAAAAAGUGUGUAUGUGUAACAGAUGUGUUUUGUGCAUGAAUGAAGUCGAUCCUGCAGAAGACAAUAAAACAUAAAUAGUGCCUUCUGGUCUUUA